AUGGGCGCCAGCGACUCCAAGCUAGUGUUCAAGAAGGGCAUCUUCAGGCUGUCCGAGGAGAGACACAUCCCCGCCGAUGAUUCCUACUGGACUUCGUUCUGGGAGCUGCCCGAAUCCUCCGAAGACGUCUUUAGCCUCUUCGCGCCCGCCGACAUCCGCCGAACCCGCGACAAUGCGCUCGAGAACCUCGAGACCCUGAUAUUAGCGAUAACAUCGCGCCUCUUCACCCUGCGCCAUCACCCCUCCUUCCCCGACGCCGAGAUCGCCCCGGACCGCGAGGCGCUCAACUGCAUCCGGGUCCUCACCCGGAUCCUGCCAUACCUGUACGAGCUCGAGUCGCUGCAGGCGUGGGAGGAUAGGUUCUUCUGGGGAACCCGGAGGAAGCGCACCAGGCGCGCAAAGCUCGCCAGCGAGGUGCUAUUUGAUGGGUCGCAGCCUACAUCGCCCACGACGACUGACGGCGGCUUUGACGAUGGGGGUGGCAAUGGGGGUGGCAAUGGGGAUAAUAAAAAGCCCAAGGCGGCCGGCGAUGAUGGCUAUGAGGAUGCGAGGCCGCUGGGAGCGGAGCUCAUCGACACAUUGAUUGACCUCCUCUUCUUGACCGAGUUCACGGUCCCGAGGCAGGCGGUUCCUGCAGGUGCCGCGGCGGCAGGCAGACCAAAGGUCAGCUAUGCGAUCUGGCAGAGCGGUGUUGGCUGCAACCAGACUACGCAGACAACGAGGGAAUUCGAGAGCAAUCGGACCGAGAUCCUACGGUUGCUGCUGACGCUGUGUAGCCAGAGCAUGUACAUGUCGGCCAAUGUUCUGCCACAGCGUGGGGUGAAGGCGUUGACGCAUAUCUGCACGUGCCCUGAUAAGCAGGUUGUGCUGUCGAUGUUGUGCUCGCUACUGAAUACGACAUUAAAAUACCAGCCUACGAGCUGGCGCGUGCCAUACAAUACGCUACUGACAAGGGACGCCAAACAGACCCUGACAACCUACACCAUGCAGCUCUUAUUAGUUGUCAUUCUAUACCCGGUCCCUGAUAACGCCAAUGGCCAGGCACAGAAAAACUACUACAGGCACUUCCUGGGUCGGAUACACCGUCCGCAAGACUUUCAGUUCAUUGUGGACGGCAUGACACGCAUUCUCAACCAGCCAAUGCAGGCAAACCCAACAUCCUACAUCCCCGGAGCGGUGGCACAGUCGUCAGCUGCUACGGUCAAGUUCGCCCCCGAAACCAUCAUGCUCUUUUGGGAGACGACUCAGUGCAACAAACGCUUCCGAUCUUUCAUAAUCGACACCCAGCGCGCCCACGACUUUGUAAUAUCGGUUUUAUUCUAUGCGAUUGAGUUCAAGGGGGAUAGCUCGAGGCAGGGUGUAGUCAGGAUGUGUGCCUUCUUGCUGCAGACGCUGAGCAUGGAGAAGAAUUUUGGUAUCAAUUUGAAUAAGAGUUUUGAGGCGCAGGACACCCUGCCGCCUGCCAUUAGGAUACCUGCUUUCCGCGGCACGUACGCGGAUUUCCUCAUCCAGUCCAUUUAUAACCUCAUCACCACGAGCAAGGGCAAGCUAUCAGCUAUAUACCCUGUCCUGCUUGCAGUAAUCAACAACAUAGCGCCCUACCUACAAGGAAUCAACGCUACUACCAGCUCCAGGCUGUUGCAGCUCUUUGCUUCCAUGUCUUCGCCAUCAUUCCUCUUGGCCAACGAGAGCAAUCAUGACCUGUUGCGCUCUCUUCUCGAGGCGAUGAACACAAUUAUUGAGCAUCAGUAUAAGAGUAACGCUGAUUUUGUGCUUGCGGUUUUGAAGAAUAGGAAGCGCAUAGAAGCAUUACGCAACUUCACGUUAGAGAGCGGACAAGAAGAGAUUGAACGCCGCAAGAAACGGCGAAAAGAGGAUGGCUUGGCCUCAGACCCCCUGUCUGAUGUGGGGUCUACUCGAAACUCGCUGGAGAGUAUCAACAGCCCAACUACAAUGCCUUCCAGGGAAUCUUCAACACAACCCGGUGCCCCUGCUGGGAAUGAGGAAGACAACACCUUUGCAAUUGGAGAUGACGACGACAGCGAUGACGAGGCAAGACCCACGCCGGCACAGAGCGAUGUGCCUUCACGGUCCUCAUCUGUUGCGUCUACGACGAACCGCCGGGGAAUCCCGCAAUCCGUUGAUGGUGAUGCAGAGGACGCAUUGCCGACCCAGCUCAGGGGCAUGUCGGAGAAAGCACGGGGCAAGAUGCCGGCAGGGUACUCAUUCUCCAGGCAAAACUCAACUACAUCACUUGGAGGCAGCUCUGUUGCCGGGAGUGCUGCUGGCAUGGCUGCUUCAGCGUCCUCGCCAUUCCUAUCUGGGGGCCCUGGCGGCUACUUUGAGCCCACGGCUCAAUGGAUCGACAGUUGGCUACCGGAGCUACCACUACAUACACUCCUGACGCUGAUACAGCAGCUGACGGCGUUGCUUCCAAGGCAAGUCCUCGCGCCAGAAGCGUCGGCCGCCACAGACCCCCGCGGGCACGAGCAGGUACUAUCCCGGAUUCGUAGCACGGAGCUCGUGGGCAUCGAUACGGACGCGGCACACCCGCGCGUGCACUUGUUUGAGUGGUCGCAGCUUGCACUCGGCUGGUAUGAAUCGCUUGUGUGGAGCUUCGUCUUUUCGGCAGAGCUGCAAGCCGCGCGUGGUACGGCGGGAAUCUGGAACGGGACGGCAAUCCGGCUGUUCAGAGUCGUCCAGGACGCCCAGGCUCCGCAGGGUCCGAGUCUGAGCAGCCCGCGCGGCGCGGUCGACGCGGUUGGAAGCAACUUGGUCAGCCGCAUCGGGGCCAUCAACCUGAGGGGCGCGGCGGAGAGUCUAGGCAGGGCUAGUGCGGGUGGGAACGCGGGCGGAGGUGCAAGUGAGGGUGCUGCAAGGAGGGGCAGUGUCGAGAGGUAG